AACAACAAUCAAGAAGCAUUUAUCAAUUGCCGUGGCAACCAUCUCAUGUUGAAUCUUUCUCACUAACGAUUUUUUCGAUUUCUUAUGUUUGUCCUCGUUCAUUGAAUUCUCAUAUCAGUAGUUCGACUGAAUUAGAAAAUAAAUUCUCUUUAUAAUGGCUAAAUCUGUGACUGUUUAUGAAAAACCAAUACCACAUAUAGGAUUACCCGAUUGGUAUGCUAAGCAAUGGGAACUUCAGCAAAGUGUAGGAAGUAGAACAUCUGAUGCAUUUGAAUUACGUAAUUCAGGAAGGAUCACUCGAUCCGAAACAAGAAUUAAAACAGAAUGGAAUACAUAUAUGAAUAAUGUCCGACUGGCAGAUAGGAUAACAGAACUCUCUAAAUGGGAAGAAUUAUUUGAACAUUUAUUAGAAAGAUUACUCUCUGAAAUACAUCUUUUAAAAGAUGAGAAAGCAAACACGGAAAGAGAAAUAGAUACAUUAAAUUAUCCUCUACAAAUUACUGCAGAAUGUAUUUCAAUGAGAGAUUGCCGUCGAGGAACGGAGCUUACUUACGAUGAGGCUGAUACAGAAUUGAAAAAAGAACUCUGUGUUAUCGAAAAUGUUAAAACUUUUUUGACCGAUAAGGUGCAAGCCGCGUGGGAAAAAUUAAAUUGUUUGGAAGAAGUUAAAUUUAAAAUAAGUUUAGAUAUCGAAGAUAAGAAUGAAACCACUAGGAUUGAUAAAGAAAAUCUUGAAUUGGAUCGUACUUGUGCUAAUAUUAGUUAUAAACCGAAUGCUUUAAAAAGAUUAAAAAAUGAGAUAUCUUAUGAAGGUUGGACAGAAUAUUGCAAUAAUUUAAAAAUUUUGGCUGACAAUGAAUUAAGUGAUGUAUAUAGUUUUCGGGAAGGUAUGCAAGUUAUGCGCGAACGUGCAAACAAUGAUAUAAAAGCUCAACAAGAUGUUACUGACUUUGCCUUAAGAAAACGUAUAUAUCAAACUCAAAAAGCUAGAAACGAACUUGAAUGGCAGAAAUUGAAGAUGCAUAAAGAAAUGGAAAAUUUACAGAAAGAAAUUGUACGAUUAGAAGAUGAAUUUUUACAUAAAACAGAUGCAAUAAAAUGUGCCGAAACAAGAUUAGAAAAUCGUAGCUAUCGACCCGGUUUUGAAUCGUGCGAAGAUGAAGCACAAACGGGUUUAAGAAAUGAAGUUUUACAGCUGAGAAAAACAGAAAAUGAGUUAGCUAAAGCAAUUGAAAACGCGAAAGCAACAUAUAAUGGUCUAGAAUCUUUGCUUCUACGAGUUGAUAAAAAUUUAGAAGAUAAACAGCACUCACUUUCAACAGAUAUCAUGUGCUUAGAUAUGAGAUCAACAUUAAAAACUGGCGAUAGGACAAAAUUACCUAACGAAACAGAUCGUAAUAUUGUACUGACUCGUAUGGAGAAAGAAAUACCACUGGAAUCAUAAAUUUUAAUCUCACAUGCUGAUUAUUUAUGAAUCAGUGAAAUAUAAAAUACAUACAAGUGUGGAUUUUUAUAUAUCUAAUAUUUCAUGAAACUGAAUUUAUUGAAUCAGGAUUAGCUUUAAUUAAAGCAUAUUCAGAAAUGAAAGUAUCGGUCAAAGGUGCUUCUAAAGUUUUAACUGCUCGUCUGUGUAUCUCUCCAAUUUUUUUCGGAUCUCCAUGUUUCAUUUCAAAUAUGAUAUAAUCUAUCCAAACCUUAGUAUUAUUUUUACCAAAUUGUAAAGCCGCCAUUUCAUGAGGACGUCUUGCAUAUUUUAAUACAACUUCUGGUUGAAUAAGUUCUAAUUCUGCCAUUUUUUUGUGUAAUUCAAGACACAUUGGUGGUUGUAAACAAAGACUAUCGUACAUUUUCCGAGCGAUUUGAAUACCUAAAAUAACAUAUUUAAUAAUAUAUAUACAUAUAUAAUUUUAUGAUGUUUGAAAUCUAAAUUAUAAGAAAUAAAACUUUUUGAUAGAUACUUUUGGUUAAAACUAGCCAUUCGAUAUAACUAGGCUUCAUAUCUUUAGAAAUGUUAGGAUGUUCUUGAACUGCAGCUUGAAAAAUUUCUUCAGUUUUAUCAGGAUUUAUAGCUUGUGUAUGUAAAAGUUUCAUUCUCCAUAAAGGUAAUGACUUCUCACCAAGAAUUUCUGUUGCCUGUGCAAAAGUAAGAAGUUGAAGAUAUUUUCUUUAUUCCGUUCUACUAGAAAUAUUUAAAAAAUAAAUAUAAAGAUAUUACUUUUACGAAUACAGAAGUAGCUUCCUCUUCCUGUCUUGUAACUAAUAAAUGUCUUAAUCUAACAUGCCAAAGACUAACACUAUUUGGAAUAAUUUCAGUAGCAGAGGAAAGAAUUUUUUCUAAUUUCUUUUGUGCAUUUUCAUCUUUUUUGUCGUUACUCAACAUAUCAAUCUAGAAUAAAAUAAUUUAUUAUUGCUCAAAUAUGAACUUUCUUUUGAAUUAUAUAAUUAUUCAAACUUUGUAUUUAUACACACCCAAUGUAAAUAAUAUUUUUCUUUCAAUUUCUUAGCUUGAUGUGCCUGUCCUAAAGUAUUUUUUAAUAAUUUUUUCUUAAAAUUUGGAAGACUUCCUGUAUCGUGAUUUAUUUCUAAUAAGCAUUCUAUAUAAAGAGACCACAUUUCUUCUGUUUUAAUUUUUUUUACAGCCGUUUGAUAAACUUUAUUACAAGAAGUUAUACGAUCUCUUAAAGAAGAUUGCUCAGAUGAAUUAACUUCCAUUAUUGAUUCAUCAGAUACAAACGGUUGUACUAGACCUUCCAAUUCACGGCGUGCCAUUGUAUCCCACAUUAAGGGUUCAUGUGCGUAUUGUUGGAUCAUAUCGCUAAAAUAUAUAAAUACAAUGAAAUAAAUUUAAUUUUAAGUUAUUAUCUAUAUAUGAAGUAAAAUUUACCUAACAAUUUUCUUCUGUAAUUUUUCUGCCUUGUAUUCUUUUGUAAUAUUCAGUAAUUCUAUAAUAAACUUGAUAUCUUCUACA